AUGGCUACAACACAAGACCACGUGACUGUCCAAGUCGAGAACCUCACGCGGAAUGUCAAUGCCGAUCACUUGCGCGAGAUCUUUGGCAAGUUUGGCCUCGUCGUUGACGUCGACAUGGCCAAACCACGGGGAAAAGCCCGUGCACUCGUGGUUUUGGCCACGCAAAAGGACGCUGAGAGCGCCAAGGACCAUCUGCACCAGGGCUGGCUGGACGGGAACAAGCUGCACGUGCUGCUGCCUCAAGACGCACCAAAAGUCGACGGAGCUCCUCGUGCCAAUGGCUCCCGCACGGUCACGCGCUCGUCUGUGUCGCCGCCCGGUCGCAAUCGACGGGGCGGACGGUUCAAUCGAUCGCCAUCGCUAGUUGCACGUGGACGCAUCCGGUCUCCACUACGAGGAGGAGCUCGCGGUCGACGCAUGGCGUCGCCAUUUCGAGGCCGCAGUCGGAGCUUGACCAAUGCUACUCGACGGGGAAAACGCUCGCGCUCGCCGGCGUUUUCGCGUCGACGGGGGGCGUCGCCGUUUCGCAGUGGUCGACGCAGCAGUCCCGUGCCAGUAGCGAGAGGAGGGGGACGACGUCGACGCUCACCAAGUCCGUUCCGACGUCGUCGAAGUUUGAGUCGCAGUCGAAGCCGCAGUCGAAGCUUUAGCAGGAGUCGCAGUCGACCGCGUGGACGCAGUCGCAGUCGGACGCCCAGUCGCAGCAGGAGCCGUGGCCGCAGCUUCAGCAGCCGAAGCCGCAGCUCGAGUCGUGGACGAAGACGUCGGAGCUCGAGUCGAAGCCGCAGCAGCCGUAGCAGCCGCAGCUAA